AUGGCUCAACAUCCACCCCCUAUUUUACCCAGUAAGUUCAAAACCUCAUUGAAGAUGGCUAUCAGUAAGUUACAAUUCAUCCAAGAGAAGAAGGUAGCACUCACUAAACAACAAAGAAGACUGUUGGCGGAUUUAUUAAAUCAAGGUAAAGAAAGUAGUGCUAAGAUAAGAGUUGAAAAUAUAAUAAGGGAUGAUAUUUAUAUUGAAUUGUUAGAAUAUUUGGAAUUAUAUUGUGAAUUGGUAUUGGCUAGAAUAUCUCUUAUACUUGAUGCUACCGAUUGUGAUGAAAGUUUAUUGGAAUCUGUCUCCAGUAUCAUAUACUCAGCCAAUCAUUCAGAGUUAAAAGAAGUUACUCAAGUAAAGGAAUUAUUCAUUCAUAAAUUCGGAAUAGAGUUCGGUAAGAAAGCAUUAGAUAACACUGAUGGACAUGUUCCAGAAAAGAUUCUUAAAAGAUGUAAAGUUCCACCUCCUCUGGAAGAAUUAGUUAAUUUAUAUUUAUGUGAAAUUGCCAAAGCUUAUUCAGCUCCUUAUUCGGGAUUACCCGCUCCAGCUCCUGAAGCUGAUGAUGAUGAUGAUGAUGAUGAACCAAGUGGUGGGGAGAAAAUUGCUGAACCAAUAGCUGAAACUCCUAAACCUAUAGAUGAAUUAGAUGCAUUAAAAGCCAGGUUCGCUGCAUUGAAGAAAUAA